AUGGCGACUGUGUGGAAUUAUUGGUUAGCAAAUCGAGUGAGCCCACCAUGGUUUAAAUCGUGUAUCUUUCAGCAAAUAUGGCGUGAAGCAUGCCUUUCACAUACACUAGGUAAGUUGUGGACUUUUUUCCAGCUAAAUUGCCACGAGAUAAGAGCUUCUAAAAACCAUGUUCUCGCCAUGAUGCAGCUAAAAGAAGAUCUAUUAGAAUGAUUCCUGGAUCUGGAACCUGUAAGCUUAAUAAAACGAAAAGUGAACAGAGUGAGUGGAAAAUACAUGACCCUAUGAUUUGUUGUGGGGAAAGGGACAUUCCAUUUUUUAUCCGCACCCCCUAGGGAUUAUUGGAAUCCAAACCCACAAAUUUUUGUCGGCACCCUUUAAAAAAUGAAAUCUGAAGGGUUCCUUUUUUUCUCAGCACCUUUGACAAAUUUGUCUGAAGGGUCCAAAUUUUUUCGGCUUCUUUGAAGAAAAAUAAUCUGAACCCCCUAUUUAAAAACCCGUCAUCCUUAGAGGUGUUGCUGAUAAAAUUAAUAUGGAACGUCCCAAAAUUGAGGGUAUCAUCAUGAUCAUCAGUCAUCGUCUUCAUCAUCAUCAUCAAUAUAUUUCAUGUGAUAAUUGAACCAAAAGGCUGACAUGGUUCUGUCCUACAUGCAGAGUACCAGUACACUGAAAGGACAAAAACGAGAUCAGACAAUAGAUGAUACAGAUAUGGUAUCUAAAAAACAGGUGCUAUAUUGGAAAAUUCCCUUUUGUACUGAUAAUCUAGAAAAAACCAGAACUGUUACAAAAAACAUACUCCAGAUCUAUUUUUCUCUUAUUUUCAUUACUACAUUCUAUAGGGAGGGUAGAUACAGUAAUUCAUGUGUUUUUAAAUUAUGAAGGUAUACACGUAGAUAGAGCUGUAGGUUGUGUACUGCUAUGCUUCACUAUUUUAUGCCUUUUUUUGUCAUUGACAGGGUUGGAAACUGCAUCAUACCAUCAGCAGCAUAUCACAUAUCUUGCAAGAUUACUGUUAAACAGCUUGUUAAGUCACAAAUACGAUGAUGCAUUGCAGUGUCUUGUGGGAUUGUGCGGUGCAUGUAGAAGAACACCUGAGCUGUUUUGGAGGGUAAUAUGACCAGAAAUUCCAGAUUACCAGUACACCAUUAUUAAACUGUUAGUUUGCAUAAAAAAUGAAACCUAAGUACAUUUUCAUCUUACCCACCAUUUGAAGCUAUUAAGUUAAAAUGCAUGUUUUUAAUCCUAGAUGUGUCCCAUUUUAUUGUAAAUUCAUAACUGUAACUUACACAUGUACUUUUGCCACCUUGUUGGCUUCCAUAAACAUUUUAUCAAGAUGGUUGAAAAAUUAAGAGACUGGUGAUUCCAAGUUAAUUUUAUAAUGUUUAAAAUUCUGAACAUCGUACAUGUACAUGUACUCAUCAUACAGUUAUUUUUCUAAAACCACCAGUUAAAAAAAGAAACACUUUGAGUGUCAAUGUAUUUAGCACAACAGUCCUAAUAGGCCAAUUCUGAGUUCCAAAAACUUUCACUUUCAAAGCAAGUCAAAGUACAAAAUCUUUCUUUUGAAAAUGAUUUUUAUUUGCAUGAGAAUAAAAAGGCAUGUUCAUAUCAAUGGCUUUGCACUUAGUCUCGCCUUGAAACAGAGGCUAUGGGCGACUCAGAAAUAGUGUGUUGAGGACACGAGUCUUAUGUCUCCUCCUGGAAAAAGAAACACCAUUUUACGUGGUCAUCUCAGCCACACAAAGUCUAGCUGUUUGCAGGGCAAAGGCAGAACCUUCAUUUCCCAGUUGCUUUAAGACCCUGAGUAUUGGUCCGACCCCAGGGUUUGAACCCACAACCUCCUGCUCGGCAGUCAAGCACUCUACCAGGGCUGUCACUAAAGGUAAUGUUACACCAGACGACUCGCAACAACGAUUUUUAGCACAACACAGCGUUGCAACAGUGUUACGAGAUUGUUUGAAAAAGGUACAGCAUUUUCCAACAUUGCAACAAUGUGUUGCGCUGAAAAUCAUUGUUGCGAAUCGUACCGUGUAAACUACUAUGAAAUGCGCCCCAGCUACUCUUAUAGGGAACAAAAGGAAAAUAGAACUAAAAGAAUUUUCAAGCCGUACAAUUCCCUUCCUAUUAAUGGCCUGUACCCGGCCCAAAUUUUAGCGACAGCCCUGCGCUACUAACUCUGUUAGUCCUCCACCCCAGUUAGUCACUAUAGUCCUGGCAGACAAAGUUGUCUGUAAGUCAUUGUCAAUAGAACCUGUAUUAAGUGUCGCCCUGUAACUGCCUCUUUUGCAAGUAAAGCCAGUUAAUGAAGGUUUUAGUGUAUUAUGACACGCCCUUCUUUCUUUAGACUGGAUGUGAGGUAUUGAUGCAUAACCAACCAGGAAGCUACGCCCACAUGAAUCAGUUCAUCAAGAAUACGUUUGUGAUUUGUGUUCCAUUUCAAAAGGAACUCUUGUUGGACUUUGCUAUGUAUUUGGUGAAGCAAAAUGCAGACAUUACAGAAGCACAGGAGCUGUUGACUUCAAAGCUUUCACAUAAAUCAUUCUCGUCAUGUCCUCUUCUUAGAGCGUACUCAGGACUCUUUGCUUAUCUCUCAUGGAAAAAAAGCAGAAUCCAGUUGGAGAAGAGGGAUGUAGAGGGGGAAGAUAUUGAAGAAAUGAGUCACAUUUCUGACAGUGCAUCUUUAACAAACCUUAAGCGACAGAUGGAUUUUCAUGGAAAACAGGCAUUACUUUUGUUUGCUGGUCUAGUGGAACACAGUGGAGUGUGGGAUAUUUUUGUAACAAGACAAAUUGAGAUGUUGAAAUAUUAUAACAAAGAUGAUGAAGCUAGGAAGGUCUUACUCAGAUACAAGGAGAAAAAUCCAGAAAAUCCUAAUGCUCACAGGUACAUGUGAUCUCACAGGAGCACUGUUAAUGUCUAGAAAAAAUAGUUUUUGUUGCUCAUCCUAGUGGAUAUAUACAGUUAAAUAUAUGAAUGAACUCCCAAUGUACAAGUUCAUAUUUUAUGGGUAUAACUAUAGUCACGUGGGAUGGUAUUUCACUUGAGGUGUACUGUACAUGUAUAUAUCAACUACUUGUACUUUUAGUCAGUCUUCAUUAAGCCAUUAAAUUGGACUGGUGAAUUUUGAUCUUCAUUGUUUCAGUGAUUUGAUCAUCCUUCAAGUCACCAUUCCUAAGUAUGCCCUUGUGUAUAUGUUGUGUUUCAAUUUUAUCCUUGGUUUAAAAUUUUAUUUCUCUUGGUUCUCGGUUAUGGUAUUGUAUGAUUUAUAAUUAGUUUAAAUAAGGGAAAGAAAAUUUAAACUUAGGAUGAAAUUGAACCACAACACACAUGUAUACAAAGGCCAGGUCUUGGCCCCCACCCCAGCUGGUUAUUGUUGGACUUACAGUGUAGUUCCUCGUUAUGCAGUGCCUGCAUAAUCUGACAUACAUGUAUGUCCUUGUGGUCCCCUUUGAUCAUUUGCUGUUAGUACUUUCACUUUUUCACGUUUGAUUUAAUUAUGUUAAAAGACCUUACAAUGCUGAAGUGAGGCACAUCAUACAUGUAAUAAGUUAUUGCAAAGAUACCCCUAAUGGUCUACCAGUUUACCCUAUUUAACAGUCUUUGCAGGUACUACAUCUUAUAUAGUAUUUGCAUCCCUGACCUUUGAAAACAUUGUUAAAGCUAUAGAAUGUGGAAGUAUAUGAAUAAAGUCAAUAAACUGUUAGUGGCAUUUCAGCCCAUAGUAUGGCUUUCUCACACACCACUGGUAGCCAUGCCAAGCCUUUAUUCCAAAGUUUUCAUGAAAAUGUAUACAUAACAUACCCCUAAGAAAAGUGGGGCACCAACAAAAUUACAACGAUACACAUUACAUUUAAACAGCCUACAAAGCUGAAAUCUUAGGGUGGGUGGGUGGGAAGGUCAGUAAUGGCAGACACAACAAAAGCAACUGCCUGCCUUUUGGUCACAUGACCACUACACAGGCCCCCAGUGGUGUGUGAGAAAAGCAUUAAUUUUACUUAUUUUGUUACACUCAAUUUCCUUCUUAGCAACAAGAUCACACUUUUCUGACCAUGAUAAAUUACAUUAUUAUUUUAAGGUAUUUGUAUUACUUCCUCAAAGAGGAAAAAACAGACAGACUAGAACUUUGUAAUGUGCUGGAGGGCUUACUUCAUAUUGAUCCAACAAGUGAACUGAGUGAGGAGUACAUCAAGCUUAAGAUGCAUGAGACUGGUGAGUAAAAACUGUAAGAAGAUGAGACUUGUACUGACCAAAAUGAUGCAUCUUUUUUGAGGACUUGUGGUUCUGGCUCCUAAACUCAGGGACAAUUUUUUAUCAUUCCCGCAAGAAGUUUGCGGGUAUUUUCUGUUUUCCCUUUUACAUUUAUUGUGAGGGUACUUUAAUUCACACUUCAGUCAUUUAUUUCCAUGGACGACUUUUUCUCAACUUGACAGUGGUUAUUGCUCAGCACCAUAAUUCCUCAUGAAACCAAGGUCGUAAGGCGUAGUGAACGUUUGUAAUUUUGUCAAAAUUUGCAUCACGUGUUGAACGUGGGUAGAUCCCACAGCAAGCAAAAACACCAGGUGGCCAUAUUUCUUUGUAUCUCUUGGUGUCCGAAAUAUAACGUCAUCAAGCUAGCCUAGGCUGUUGAUUUGUGGCUGUUUUGGUGAUCAAGAAAUGCUUUUAGUGAUAAAUUUGGGUGGAAGAAGUAUUUCACAGAGAAAAUUGUAGAAAUUUGGACCAUCUGCUUCAUAGUGGCAACAACAGGGUCCUGAAGUCUUGAACAAUGAAAAACUUUCUGUAUAAGGACAAUUUGGUGUUUUUUACUCAAAGUAUCUAAUUAAGUGUAUUCUUCAGCCCCCCUCUAAGCCUACAAAACCAUGAGGGAUAUAUAGUUUUUUUUUACAGCUGUAGCUUCAAGCGUGAAAUUUAUUCAGCUCUGAAAUAGCUGCUAUCCUUUAGCUUUAGUAUGUUAUUUGCACUUACAGGUAUUGUUUUUUGUCAUGACUGUGCAAAUGCAAUAUUUUGUGAGACAAUAAUGUAAGCGCCUGAGAAAAUGAAUUCUUUGAAUUUUGUUUUUAAGUCCUGGAAAAGUCCUUGAAUAAAGUUAAUGAAACCUGUAUUAACCAUGAGCAAUUUUUAGUCACAAACCAUUUCAAAUGGUCAGUUUAUUGCGUCAAAAGUACUGACCAAACAUAAAUUUUACAGUGAAACUAUUCAAAUGAAAGAGAGUUUUUUCAGUUUGUGUUCAAUUUUAAGCUGAGACAUUACAUUGUUCUGUUGCUUAUUUGUGCCUGAAAAAGAAAUUUUCUUGAGCCUACUGAAUAUGGACACCUUGUCCCUUAACUUCUGAAUUAAGUGGGUUUCUAGAUGUAUUUUUAUUCUUCGACUCUGCAGAUCAAUCAAAAGGACUUCUUGAUGCACUGGCAGCUUUUUUCAUUAAGCUCGACCAUGCAGCUUGUCGGCAGAGUAUCAAAGAUUGGGAAGCAUUUGCUGAGACUCUUCACAUGUAUUUUGCGACACAUGAGAAGAAUAGUUUGGAGGAGCUUUGGAACGACCGAUCUGAUUGGUGGCCACAAUAUCACUUUCGUCAGGAUCUGGUACCUUCCAAAUAUCAAGUGUCAGAGACUGACUGGCAACUGGCCCAACACAAAGCUGAUGCAGCAAGAUGGCUUCUCGGGAAAAGUAUGGUUACUAUAAUUUUAUUUGAGUUGACAUCAUCA